AUGGCGAGUCGCCAGAAGUCUUUCUUCGAUCGGGAUAAAAAGCAGGCUCGCCCUUUCUUGCAGAAAGACUGGAAGCGUGAAAACGAGUCUCAUGGCCCUCAACCUUCCUUAAAGCCAUCCGCCCUCAUGGCUCCCAUAGCUGCCUCCUCACAAUCCAAGUCGAAGCUAAGAGCCUUUCAAUACGAUGAGAGGAAUGACUACACUGUCCCCAAGGCUGCGGUCACUGAGAAAGAGAAUCACGAUCCCGAGCUGGACGCGACGACCCUGAAGAUGGACCCCCCUCCACAGCAUCUCUCGCAAAGAUCUGCAAAGGACGUACGAGAUUGCCCCCAGACACCAGUCGGCAGACUGCCAUUGACGGAGCUCCUCGCAAGUGGUGAUGAUACGUCUCGUCAGCAUCUGAACUUGACACCCAUUGAGCGAGUCUUAUGGGACAACUCGCCUGUCAGCUCAGAGCCUGCAAAAUCAAGGCAGAGGGGUAGAAAGAGAGCACAUAGCUCAUCUCCGGCGUCAUCUUCCCAAAAUGACACCUCUCGCCCCUUUGGGAGUACCAAGCCACAGGCAGACCUCCCGGCUUUGCAGAAAGCUUUGAAAACACCAAAGGCUGAUCCCGCUGACGAUCUGUGGAGUCGUUACUCACUCAACACAGGCACUACCGAAAGACAGUCCCCCACCGCGCCCGCUGGCUUGGCUUUCACCCAACUCAUACAUUCAUCAUCGCCUCAAACACCCGCUAGUCAUCUACAAAGCAAAGAGGGGAGUGGCUUAAGAAGGGUCUUAAGUUGCAUCGAAUGGCCGACGUCAGCAGCGAAGAGGAGAAAGCUACAACAGAGCGGCACGUACAAGGACUCCAAUGGUGGGCAUGCUAGAAUUGAGGGAGGCCCCGAUGAUACGAACGAGAAGUCGAAGAUGUCAAGGGUCAGCUUCCUGGUUGAGAAGAUACAUGACGGUCUCACGAAGCCGCGCGCCAUUCAGGAGUACUCUUCGUCUGAGCCUGCCGGAUCCUCACCUGUGGCGCGGAAUGUCAACGAAUCACCCAAAGGACUCGACCUACCAUCGCAAGAAGGCCAGACAGCAAUCGACGACGUCGUCACUGUUCUGAGUCAAACCGCUGUAGCACCCAAAGAGCGCCCACUCCUGCCUCUGGUACUUUCUGCGGAGGAAAUUGCGGAUCUUGAGAAAGCUGAUGGCUCCUCUGACUUUGGAGACGAUGAUAUCGAUCUAGAGAUGCUCGAGACGGUGGACGCGACUCUUCAGGCUUUCUCGACAACAAGAAUGAAGGCCGCGAGCCCAAGACGCAGUAAUAGCAACCGACCCAUUACCACAGUCGAUCCAGAAGAGCACAUACGAGAACCUACCCAAGCUGACUCUGCGGAGGCGAUCUCAGGGGAUACCGAGAGGCUGUCCCAAGUAUCCUUCCCCUCUGAAAUAUCCUCUUCACCAGCACAGGUGGCGCCCUUGAAUCACGAUGAGUUUGGUGAAGAUGAGGAUGAGGUCUCUGCAGCCGACCUGGAGAAUGUCUUCGCUCAGUACGAUACCCAACCACAGCAACAUGUUGCUAGAAAAGAUCAUCUUGCGAAGCAAGCAGAUUCAAUGCGUCCAAAAUCGGCAACUGACGUCCGUAAAGAAUCCAUAUUCAGACCUAAAUCCGUUAUUCCUAGACCUGUGAUUACCACUCACAUCGAAGUGCUGUCUGAUGACGAGGACUUCGGCGAUGAUUCGGAUUUUGAGCAGAUUGCUGCUGAGUGCGUCGAGGCAACCAGAAAUCAGCAGGUAUCACAGCCUCAGUCAUCUCAUGACAGAAAGAUGCCGACCAUACAGCGUUAUAUAAUCAAGGCCGUAGUCGAAAGUGAAUACCAAACAACUAGUGGACAUAUGCGACCAGAGAAGGUACUCUCUGUGCAAAGUGAAGGGACAAAGUUCAGCAAAGCAAUCAUUCUACGACAAGCCUGGGUAGACACCCCCUGUCUCCCCGAGUCUUAUGUCCAUCUCAUCGGAGAUUUUGAUCGUCUUGGUCAAUGCGUCGUCGACAACACCCAGAACCUGCUUAUCCUUCAUCCUGAUCAUCUGAUUUCAUCUACUGUGGUUGGAGAUUCGUUCACAUGUACUCGCAAAGCUGUCCUAGAAGCUCGAGUCAAAGCCACCAGUGAUGCCAAUCAGGCCACUCUUUACGGGCAUUUGCUGCAUGAGAUAUUCCAGGAGGCGCUGAAAGCUAAUAAAUGGGAUGAUGGUUUCAUGACUUCGCUCAUUGAAACCAUAGCGACGCGGAGCCUGGAGUCGCUCUUCGAGCUUCAGAUUGAGGUUCCGAUCGCCAUCGAGCAGCUCAGAGCCAGGGCGGUCGAUUUGCAGGCUUGGGCUGAGAUUUAUGUUGCCGCAAAACCGAAGUCGAACGCCGUUGUCAAAGAUCGGAAUGGAGCCCAAUCCCUCAUGUGUGUCAACAAGCUUCUCGAGAUCGAAGAAAAGGUGUGGUCACCAAUGUAUGGCUUGAAGGGCAACAUCGAUGCCACAGUACAGGUGACGUUAAAGGACGGUGAGGAUGAAAAAACAUUAACAGUACCGUUCGAGUUGAAGACGGGUAAAAAUGCCAACGCAUCGCAUAAAGCCCAAACAUCGCUUUACACCCUUUUGCUUUCCAAUCGAUAUGGCGAGUCACUCAGUGCACUAAGUUUUUGGUUACAUGACUAA